ACCAAACGUCCCACGCGACUUAGAGAUCAUCAACUGCAGGUGUGGUCCCCUUAAACGUUCUUACCGCCGCCAAUCGGACAGGUCACACCUGCGUCGUCCAGGUCGUCUGGGUAGUCUCACCCUAGUUUUCCCAUGAUUUCUCCUCGACUUUUCCAUGUUUUCUCAUGAUCUUCCAUCCCAAAUUCCUAACAAGUCGAGACCGCCCACCUACCUGGAAUAAAAUUGCAGGACCCUGCCUCACUCUACGUGUAGCCUCUACUCGUCAAUGAUUUUGGCCCCUCCGUUGUCCCUCAUUCUUGAAACCAAACAUACGUAGCAUACAUAUCACCAAUUCCUACACAUCCGAAGACGCAGCAACACCUACGCAGCAAGACGCAGUCAUCCGAUACAUCUAUACAUUACCUACUUUGCACUUUACAUCACCUAUAUUUAACACACCCUUCGUCCCGAGACAAGAGCGGGUGCCAUCUUGUCUCUGCUUACGACAUCGACUGAACGGUGUGUCUUGCAGAUCAAGGCUGGAACAUCAUUGUGCAACUUGAUCGUGUGUUAUUUAAGAACUCCCGCUGGGACUACCCCCCAGUAGGGCAGCUUUCGUCAUACAUCCCCAUCCCCAUCGCUCUUCGUAUCCGUACCAAGUCUCAAUAUGGCGUUCCAACAACCUGCGCGCCAGGCUACUCAACGAGUCUUUCGACCUACACCGGAAGAUGAAGAGUCCCCCCAUAUUCCCCAACCUACCCCUCAGCCUGUCGAAGACUCACAGACCUGGGUUCUCUUCUCACCUGCAACCGAUGCCGCCACCUCGACCUCUUAUUUAACCUCAACUCACAAGACCAAUACUACCCCGGGCCGGUCGCGGGUAAGUGAAAUUGGAAGUUUUGGCACAGUUGCGCCGUCAGAUGCUAGCGCCGACCGACAACAAUCUGCGAGCCUCGUCGAUGCGGCAGAGGGAGACGAUGAAGAUGAUGCCGAGCUAGACAGUUUGGAUAGCCAUCUCGCCGAAUUCCGCUCCACGCCUAUUUUCUACGGCCCGUCGCAUGGCCUUCCCUUUGCGACACCAGUUGUUCCUGCCCAUGAUGGCCUUGGUUCGUUUCGAUUGGACCAGGAAGGCAUGGGUGCCGACAUACAAGAUCGACUCUACGCAUUCGAAUCUUACAACCCUCGCCGAGUGAGGAGACGGGAAAGCCUAGAUUUAGCUCAGGUUGAACUCGAUAAUGAACGGGUCCAGGAAUUGGACAAACGACAGAGGAUAGAAAAUUGGCGAUUAGAGCAAAGCCGUUGUCUCCUAGAGGAGAUCCAAAAAGAAACCCGUAGAAGACGACGUUCUCUCGCCAGCACAGUUCCUAACCCGAUAGAAGAGAAGGCUGAAGAUAUCGCCUCGUUAAGUGGAGUAGGUGAUAUGUCAAAGGAUGAACCUGAUCAAUCUCAAACUUGGCACGACCACGACGAAAAUGAGCUAGAAGGAGAGAGUAUCUGGGGACGUAUUACCCGAAAGGUUAUCCGUGACCUUAUGGGAAUUGACGACAAGUUACUCUCUGUAUUAUUCGGCGAAGAACUACCUGAGGAAGAGGAUUUAUCCUCAACGCCGAAGGUGUCGACAGUUCCUCCAUCGCAGCACGCGGAUGCUGUCAUGGAGGACGCAGCCGAUUCUGGGUGGCAGCUUAAGAUGUUGGAACGAGUAGCUAAGGAGCUCGGCUCACUUAUACAUCGCCUUUCCGAGCAUCCUGGGGCUUUCUCAACCUUUAGUCGAGUGCAACAGAUGCCCAUUCCGUAUGCUGGUCUACCCUCUAUACCUGAGGGUGUAAAUGAUACUUCAGCAAGUGCAAAGCCAAACGAGUCCCAUUUCACCAUACCCGAAUUCCAACCAACGAUACGUACACAACCCCAACUCAAAGCACUUGAUGUCCCCAAUAUCACCCACCCAGUCAAAUCUGGUCAAACGAACCUACACGCACAGCUAGAGAAUCCCGGGGACGAUUUUACGCAGGAUGAGUGGGAACAAGAGCUUGAUGUUAGGCUUGUAUUCCGGUACCUUCGGUCGCGCUUUAUGUCACUAUCUAGUAGCGGCAGUGGGGCGCCUGGUAAUGCUAGUCUCGCCUCAUCUAGCAUGCAAGAUGCGGCUGCUAAGGCGGCACGAGUGCGACAACACCACCCGCUAAUGUCAAGACCGCGCACCACGGAAAGGCGUAGAUCUAAGGGGACUGUGCCUUCGAGUCCCGUAUUAUUUAAACACGCCUCUAGCUGCGCUAGCCAGAGCACGCGAAGGUCAGUAAGAAAGAGCAGUUGCUCAUCUUCGCGCCAUUAUUGGGAUAUUGGUGGUUCUGUCGGAACCGGAUCGAUUAUUGCCGCAGCGACUGGUCCUAUGGGAAGUUGGGGCGAGGUUUAAUGUGACGAGAUAAAGGGCGGUCUAGUCCAAAUGAGAAACGACGCGACGGGGUGUAUGAUUACUAGGCGUACGGUGUCUGGCAUAUUCUGGGACAUUUAACAAGGCGAUUUGAAUCGGACCAACUCAUCUGCAUACCAUACAUUUCAUAUAUCACAUCUACAUAUACCACUAUACCAAUCUCCUUAGAAAUAAAAAUAGGCCGAUUCUUCAUAGCUUGCUCAAAAUUCCGUGCUUCCAUUGGCCAAUCAGAUAUUGUAAUUGAG